UUAGUCAUAGAAGAAGAUGAAAGUGAGGUCCUCCAAGUUGAAUGUAGGAUGGAAUGCUCUCUUGUAGGUGAACAAGAGCAAAGACAUUCAGCAGGUACUGAUUAUGGUAGAUGGUAUUUAUUUUGAAAGUUAAUAAUACACAGGAAAAAAAGUUUGAACCGCAUUGCUUUAGAGUGCCAGAGCAGUUUUUAAUUAACACAGUGCGAAAACUAGGAAACACAAAUGCAGAAAGCAAAACAAUGCGAAUUUCUCAGAUAAUGAAAAACUGUGAUUGGCUAAUAAACGUUAAUAGAAAUAUAGAUCAGAACCAAUUGGGUGCCACACCUUGCUGGCGGGAAGCAUGCAUACUUAAUUUUAUCCUUUUUCUUUUGUAGUUAACACUUUUUUUCCUUACAUUUUAUUUCAUUAUAAAUGUACUUAAUUAUUUUUAUUUCUUUAUUCAUUGUGGGUUGUGUUUUAUUUUAUUGUUUUCACCAAGAUUUUGAAAUAUACACCUAUUUCAAUUAAGGUUGUUCCUGUGAGCCAUGUUUCAUAGCUUGCAGUGCACCAUGGUAAACCCUUUUGUAGUGGGAAGUUCAGUCUUGUUCACAUUCAUUGAAAUAAUGGAGACCAUUUGUGAGAAGGCUUUCAAGAGAGCUUUCAACUCAAAUGGCUGCUAAAAAUCUUAAACAUGAGCGAGCUGAAGAAUUUCAUUUUUAAAAUUUUUAAAAUCUCACAGUAAGAAAUUAGAAGUCUCUUCUUUUAACAACAUCAAAUGGAUAGGGUUUUACUGCCUGAUUAAGCUGCGCUUUUGCAUGGGCCAGAAUGUUGGUUAUUUCAAUAAAGCAAAUCAAUGCUAGUCUUUUUUUUAUUCAGCAUUUAAAAAAAUUGCCACAAGAAUAGAUGAACACAUAAUGUUAAGUUAUUUAUUGUAAUUAAAAAAAGAGCUUGAAUUUGAUUUUUUUUAACUCAAAAAAUUCCCACGUGCACGGGCCGGGCAAACUCAUUGAAAAUUUGCAACAUUUGCAUAUUACCACAGAGAAAAACCUUACCUCAAAUCACUGUCUUAAAUUAAAAGGCCUAUGAUUCAGUGUUUUGAAAUACAUUGUCUUAACGUUCUGCUGACGUAGCAUAGAAGCGUCAGCAGCCUUUGCUUUCUAGGUUUCUAGGCUUGUUGCGGGAACAAAAUUUACUAGACUUGCCACAAUAAUGCACCGCAGGCUAUGAAACAUGGAUCAUGCAUCAUUCUUCUCUGAAGCAACCUUAAUUGAAAUAGGUGUAUACAAAGGUGUGUGUGUGUGUGUGACAAAUAGAUAUUUUUUUGAUGGAUUCAAAAGAGCAGCUAUAUAAUUCUUUAAUGAUGAGGCAUUUUCUCAUGUAUUUCAAGCAUUGCUGUUGUGCCUAAUAUGACACGACAUCAUGUCUGUUUAGUUAAUUCUGCUGACUGGUUUGUGGGAGUUUUUGUUUUGUUGGCGUUUGAUUGUACAUAUUAUGGGAAAACGUACCUUUAAGUUUGUAUUACUUUGAUUUACACACAGUUAAAAAUACAUUGAAUUAAUAUAGAGAUAAUUAUUUUUCUAAUUAUAAUUGAUGAUUAAUAAUUGAUUGGUUUGGUCACUCUGAUUAGUUGACUGAUUUAUGAAAUCUCAGUCAAUAUCACCACUUAGAAAAUGAUUGUCAAGCCUUGUUGUAUUAUCUUGAGUUUGGAAAGUAUAUGGUGUAUUUUCUUUUGAAAUCCGGUUUUGACAACCCUUCAAAAGAUAUAGCAAUUGUAAUAAUAAUAAUGCUUGUACACAAACAGUUCUUGAGGGUGCAAAGAAACUGAGUUUUACAGUUUGACCUAUUUGGGCAGGCUGUAGCUUGCAACUAUUAGCCCAAGAGUCACAGCUUUUGUUAUUAUGCUUCGAUCACCAGUUCCUGCAAUUGAAUACCCAAAAAACUUCACUUACCCCUCAAGCAAGAUGAAAAGUAGAAUCCACUAGCCCCAUACCUUAUAUUAAUUAAUGUGUAGUUGGUAAAUACAAAUAAUUCAUUCACUAGGAGAAGAGUUGGAAAAGGACACUCCUGUAGUAGAAAAUGGCCCAAUUGAGGGAGCAAGCAAUUCGCAGGGAACACAGCAAUCUCUUCCAGAAGAAAAUAAUUGUAGCCAGUUAGAAGAUGACCGUCUCAUUGCUAGAGCAAGGGCAGUUGGUGUGGACUAUGAGUUUGCAAAGCCUGGUGUAGUGGAAACAGAGGAUGACAGAAGAAAAAGAAAGCGGCGAAACCAAAGACGAAUAUCAGAACAAGAGAAAAGGUUGCGAGAAGUUGUUGGAGGUCUACCUCCACCUCCACCAGCAGGUUCAAGUCAGCAAGAAGAUAAGGCGUACAGUGCUAUGCGUGCAUUUGAGGUGGAGCAGAUGACUUACGCAUUCAGUUUUUGUGAGGUCUGCAAGGAAUGA